CGCUGCCCUGCUCGUCGCCGUCCCUCACUCUGACCACAGCACAAAGCCCCGAAACCUCCAUUGCCGCCGCGCUCUCGUCUCGAGCUGCUGCAAGGGCCCUUCACCACCCUGUAUCCACGCCGCUGCCGGCCACCAUGCUCCCGCUCGCCACAAUGUCCGCGCCGAGUUCGCUUCUCCUGCGGCCCGCCGUGCACCAGAGGAUGGGGGGAGAUCGAGGACAGAGCUGGGGGUUGCUGUCUAUCUCAGGUUCGCAGUCUCGGAGGAAUAAACUCAACAACACCAUCUCUGCCAAAGCCAACAUAACAUGCUGUGCUAACCAGACGCAAACCGCCACCCGCAAAUCAUUCUCUGGACCCACGUCUCCACCAUCGGGUUCAGUUAAAGAGAAGGUGAAGCCCAGGCUCGAUGAUGGUGGCGUCGGGUUCCCACCGUUCCGGUUUGGUGGUGGAGGAGGUGGUGGUGGUGGCGGUGGCAGCAGUUCCUCCGGCGGAUUCAUCCUCUUCGUGAUCGUUUUGCUUCUGGACUACCUGAGGGAGUUCGAGAGGAACUUGCAGAGUGGGCCGCGCAGGGGCAGCGACUACGACAGUGGGCUCGCACCACAGUAGCUAGCUGCUUUUCUGUACUGCUUGUUUCACAGACGGUCCGGAGAUGUGUUACCUUGCUGAGCAGUGUUAUCAGACUAGAAUUACUGGCGAGAGAAUGAACUGAGAAGUAGCAACCGUAGCUGUUGGACGGGAUGUGGAGGGCUUGAGAUUACACACCAGAAGCAAGUGGCACUAAUGUUUCCGCUUCA